CUCAUCGGACGAAAUUGGACCCCAAGUCAUUGAAAUGUAUUUUCUUGGGUUAUUCUCGAGUUCAAAAGGGGUAUAGAUGUUUUUGUCCAAGUACAGGUCGAUAUCUUAUUUCAAUUGAUGUCUCAUUUCAUGAAAAUACACCAUUUUCAUCAUCCAAGACAGAUAUUCAUGAGGACAACGAUGAAAUACUCAUUUACACAGUUACUAUACCUGAGACCACACCUUCAGUAACUAUGUCGAAUGUCACUGUUCCUGACCCUAGACCUCCUGUACACUUGGUUUACACCCGUCGACACAAAGCACAAGAUCACUCCCCACCUGUGACACCUGUGAUUACAUAUCCUGAUACUGGUCCGACUUCGAUCUCAUGUCCUGAACCAGUACCUGCAUCUUCAGAUCUUGUCUCUACAUCUGAUCUUGACCUCCCGAUAGCACUACGUAAAGGUACACGGUCUUGUACUCAUCCUAUUUCCUCAUUUGUGUCAUACAGUCAGUUAUCUCCUGCCUCAUGUUCUUUUGUUGCUUCCAUUGAUUCUAUUUAUGUUCCCAAAUCUGUUAAAGAAGCUUUGUCUCAUCCUGAAUGGCGUCAUGCCAUGGUAGAGGAAAUGAAUGCUUUGGAUCUUAAUGGUACUUGGGAUUUGGUAUACUUGCCUUCAGGGAAGAAGUCUAUUGGAUGUAAGUGGGUCUUUGCUGUUAAGGUUAAUCCAGAUGGAUCUGUUUCUCGAUUGAAAGCUCGAUUGGUUGCAAAGGGUUAUGCUCAAACCUAUGUUGUUGAUUAUUCUGACAUUUUUUCUCCUGUUGCUAAAUUAACAUCUGUCAGGUUACUUAUCUCACUCGCUGCAACUCAUGACUGGCACUUACACCAGUUGGACAUUAAAAAUGCAUUCUUACAUGGUGACCUUCAGGAGGAAGUUUAUAUGGAGCAACCUCCGGGAUUUGUUGCUCAGGGUGAGUAUGGGAAAGUUUGUCGACUUCGCAAAUCUCUUUAUGGUCUGAAACAGAGUCCUCGUGCAUGGUUUGGGAAAUUCAGUCAAUCCAUUGAACGGUUUGGAAUGAUAAAAGGUCAAUCAGAUCACUCUGUCUUUUACAGAAAAACGAAAGCAGGUAUCACAUUGCUUGUGGUGUAUGUCGAUGAUAUUGUGAUUACAGGAAGUGAUACCGCAGGUAUUUUGGCCCUUAAGAAUUUUCUUCAUAGCCAAUUCCAAACAAAAGACCUAGGCUCAUUGAAAUACUUUCUGGGUAUUGAGGUAACACGGAGUAAGAAAGGCAUAUUUCUAUCUCAGCGUAAAUAUGUACUUGAUUUACUAACUGAAACAGGGAAAUUGGGAGCAAAGCCAAACACAACUCCCAUGGUUCCCAAUGUGCAACUCACUUCAGAAGGCAUACCAUUCAAAGACCCAGAAAGUAGAGCAUAUAUUAUGUUACUUGAAGGGGACACCAGGACGAGGUAUUGUUUACCAAAAUCAUGAUCACAUGAGAAUAGAAUGCUUUGCAGAUGCUGAUUGGGCUGGAUCUAAAGAUGAUAGGAGAUCCACAUCUGGCUAUUGCGUCUUUGUUGGUGGUAAUCUCGUCUAUUGGAAAAGUAAGAAGCAAAAUGUGGUUUCUCGUUCGAGUGCUGAAUCAGAAUAUCGGGCUAUGGCACAAUCGGCAUGUGAGAUAAUCUGGAUAAACCAUUUGCUGAGUGAAAUCGGAUUGAAGACACCAAUGCCUGCUAAACUCUGGUGUGAUAACCAAGCUGCUAUACACAUUGCCAACAACCAAGUGUUUCAUGAGAGAACAAAACAUAUUGAGGUCGAUUGUCACUUUGUUCGAGAAAAGAUACAACAAGGAUUGAUCUCUACAGGCUAUGUGAAGACUGGAG